AUGUCGAACCAACCACCCCCUGCAUUUGGUGGCCAUCCCAACUAUGCAUCGCAGUGGCCUCCCUCAUUUCCUCCCUUCGUCCCUCCAACCUACCCACCCAGUUCCGGUUAUGCCUCAGCUGCACAACCGGCUCCCGCAAAUCCUGGACAGAAUUAUGACCCUAACGCCCCACCCUUCAAUGGCAAUUCGCAACUCCCUGGCCCGCCUCCAGGGUUCUUCCUCCAUCCUCAUUUCCCAUUAAUGGGCCAUUUCGAUUCAACUCAAGUUCCAUCAACUGCCUUUCCUUCCAUCCCUAUGUCUAACUUUGGGUAUCCAAUGAUGCCAUUCGCGCCUCAAGGGUCUUCCAAUCACGCCCCGGGUUCAUUCAACGACCUUGGAAAUGGCCUCGCCCAAAGGUCUGAAUCUCGAUCGCAUCCACGCCAGGCGUCGAACACUGGGGAUUCGAAUCGAGAGGAGGGUGAGGUCAGCGAAGGUGGACGGUCAUCCCGGACCAAGAAGAAUCCAAAAUCGGGCAAAAGGGCUGGUUUAAACGUACCUACCUCUCGAAAUUCCGACUUAGAAGAGGGUGAAACUGUAUCAACAAGGACACGCUCAUGCAGUCGGAGUAGUUCACCGUAUAAUCCACCUCUAUCAGUUUCGGCAGACCCAGCUGUGGUUCAUCGUGCAAUCGAGAUGCAGAAGCGAGAUGGAACGGCAGCAGCCUCUGAGGACGCAACUUCUUCAAAAUCUGCAGCGCAGCUUCGAAUUCAAGCACAGGGCGCGUUACUCAGUCUGGCACCUCACAAUAUCCGUUACCACGAACUGGUUGCGGAGGGUAUCGACCCAGCCAUCUUGAAACGACUCUACGAAGAAGUCGGUAUCAAGAUUACGACGCCUCGAGGCGAGAAAUCGAACCCCACUGCCAAUGCAUCUGCCAAUUCUCUUACAGCAUCCAUCGCUAGCCCCAGAUCCGUGGGAGUAGCGACUUCGGAAAAGAACAAAAAGCAGACUCCUAUUUCUGUCCAAAGCGUUGCAUCUCCUGCUUCCCAGUCUGAGGAUGGCAAACCUAUUGAAAGGAAGGAGCUUAUUGCCAGGAUGCUUGCCGCUAAAGCUGCCAAGGUAUCAGAAGCCAACUUAGAACAGACACCAACCCAAACGACCGCGAGUGUGGCAAGUUCUUCUUCCAAUGGAAACUCUAGCAAGGAGAUUGCGGUUCCGGUACGAGAGCGGAAUAAGGCACAGACGGAGCUGGCAAGACAACGGAUCGAAGAGCUGAAGAAGCAAGCAUUGCUGAAGAGGCAGCAGCAAGCUGAGCAGCAGGCUCAGCAGAAAGCUCAGCUGACUCGGCCUAGCAAGUCUGUUCGGGACGUUCAACUUGCCGCUCCGUCAGAGACCACUGCGCCCGCCGUUCAACAUCCAUUGCCUGUCCGCCCACCUGUCCCCCAGUCCACCGAUUCCGCUAGUAUCCCGGGUCUCUUCAUGACUGGGUCGCAGCAGGAUUCUGACAUGCAGAACCCCGUCGAACCCACUCAGACGAUUGUUGUGGAUUCGACGCCAUUGAGCCGAGCAACUCAACGCAAACGCCCUCGCGCUGCUGACUUCGACGAACCCGCUGCGAUCCCGAAGAGACACUCGAGUCAAGCAGUGGGUCAUCAUGUGCCUGCGGAGAAAUUAAUCAUUGAUAUCAGUGAGGACGAAUCUCUAUAUGGGCAUGAUGAAGAGGAGAACAUGGAUGUUGACUCUGGUCCGGAUCAAGAAGCGUCCCACAUGGUCACUCUCGAAACCGCUAGGCCACUUCUCCAGAAAUAUCCGUCUACCAGAGCUUCUACGUCGACUCCGCAAGCAUCGCAUUGGUCCGGAGAUCAAGAGCACAUCCGAAAGCGGGAAUCAGAGAUUGAGGCCAUGCACCGCAAGAUAGCAGAGCUUGAGCAGAAACGAAAGGCAAAGCUUGCCGCUAGUCGCACUGAUUCUCCGCUCCUCCUGGAUGAUUCCGGUGCAUCCUCGUCGGGUGCACAAUCAAGUGUGCCUGAGGCUGAACCUGAGGUUGAUGUUGCUGAAGCUUUCACUGGCCCGUCGUCCGGCCCAAUAUUGGAAGCUGGUACAAACACUAGCAUGAGCAUCGGUAGCGUUGCUGAUCGGACAAAUCCAAGUGAUUCUUCUACCGAAGAAUCAAAUACUUCACGGCUGUCACAUACGGACGAGCCUCCUCGGCAAGCCGGACUUCAGCUCAAGGAACAGCAUCCAGCUGUCGAAGAAGGUAAUUUCAUUUCCCAUUCACAAUCGACCAAGAAGUGCACCGUUACUGACACUCUCGAUUAG